AUGACGCCACCUGUACGACACCUCGUUGCGGCACUUGUGGUACUUGUGCUGGUGCUGGCUGGUGCUGGUAUCGAUGCCGCUGGCUACGACCGCGCCGCUUGCGAGGCCGACAAGCUGGCUCAUCCACCUGGGCUACCUGACGUGGCGAGUGGCAUGCGGCUUGUUCGGCUGGUGACUCUGACUCGGCAUGGCGAUCGGACGCCUGGUGUCCCACUCUUCACCUCGCCGCCGUUCAACGUCUCGUGGUCCUGCCCGCUCGUCCGGGUGCUCGCCGACUCGCCGCCGGUGGCCACCCCGACUGCUGCCGUCUCGUUCAUCCCGGGCCGCCAGGCUCUCGCCGGGGAUUGUACCACAUCAUGGCUCACAGUGCGCGGUGCAGAGCAGCUGCGAAGCCUAGGUGCCGCUAUCGGUGCGGCGUGGAUGGACCCUGCGGUGCCCAACUCGCUGGCUGCCGAGAUCGCCGCCGCACGCAACCGCUCCGGCCUUGUGGCCUAUGCCCGCUCCACAGACGUCGCUCGCACGCUGAUGUCCGGCUUGGCCUUUGUGGACGGUCUGCAGGCGCACUCGCCCGCUGGUGACCUGGGCAUUUCCUCGCUCCACACCAUCGCGUCGGGCCACGACAACCUCAUGCCCGGCCCACAGUGCUCACGUUUCGGCUCUGUCAACCGCGGCGCACUGACCGCGACACCGGCCUCGAGCUUCAUGGCCGAGCCGACCAUUGCCGCCGCGGUCAAGACGCUCGAUGCCGUGUUCAAUGAGCUCAACACCUCGCUACCGUUCACCGAUCCGGGCUACAACUGGCAGUACCUCAUGGACAACCUGCAGUGCAAAGUCUGCCACAACAAGACCAUUCCGCCGGCGGUCAGUGUGGCGCUCUUUGACGACAUUGUCCGCAUUGCUUCCGCCCGUUGGGCCUUCCAGAUCAACGCGCCCGACGCAGUCAAGCUCGCCAUGGGUACCUUGUUCUUUGAGCUGGCCGAGAUGAUCGGGGCCCAGGCGGCUGAUCUCGACACCACCCCGGUCUUUACCUACCUCUCGGCCCACGACUCGACGAUAGCGUACAUGCUGGCUGGCCUCCGCGCCGGUCUUGGCGGCUUUGAUGGCGUCUGGCCACCGUACGCCUCAAACCUGCACUUUCUGACCUAUGCCGACCCGGCUCAUCAACUUGUUGUCCUCCCGAUUUACAACGGCGCCAUUCUCGAUGUCGCCUGCGCCCAGCGCGGCGACGGCCCUCUGCCGGGCGCCUGCCGCAUCAAUGACUUUAUGGCACUCCUCAACAGCUCGGCCGUCUCGUUUGACGAGUACCCCAAGUUCUGCCGCAACCCGCCGUCGCCGCCGUCGCCCGCACCUGCGCCUGCCACCGGCCUCGCUGCCCAAACCCAGGGUGGCCUCAUUGGCGGCUUCCUUGGCGGCUUCACCGGCCUUGUCGCCGGCGCGCUCAUCAUGUCUCUCAUUCUCCGCCACCGAUCCCCACCCUCCGCUGCAACCACGCCGCAAGAGGCAGUGCCUGAAGAGGAGGAGAUCGUGCCCGAGGAGCAGGCCUGGGUCGCCGAGUUGCGGGCGUACGAGGAGCAGAAGAAGACGGCGCCGUUUGCCACGGGGCCGGUCGAGGUUGUGACGUAUGCCAAGAUGCAGGAAAAGCAGUCGUCGUACAAUCCGCUGACCCAACGGUACCGCGCGCCGUCGCAGGAGCUUGCCGCGCGGAGGAUGGAGCAGGAGCGGCGGUACGCCAUGGAGGCCCGCUCUCGGGCCAUGGCUCGCCGCUACAACAUCCUCUCCAACCUCUCGGAUGACGAGCAAAAAGGGGCUCAGCUCGGCGCCGUCCGUCCGGACAUCCGGCGCGAUGGCUCGAGCUCGCCGUCGUUUGUCGGCAUCAACGCUGCGCUCGUGGGCAAGAACAGGACCACAACGAACCACACCCACUACUCAUACGACAUCAUUUCGGGUGCCAAGCUCCCGCCCAACCAUGACUCGCUGGCGCCGUCGAUCCGAGGUGGCCACGAGAAGCCCGUCGACGUCACCGAGGGCCUGCGGACCGCCAAGCGCCGCAUCGAGCUGGAGGCUGCUGACCGCCGCUUUGACAUUGUCACCGGCCGCGAGGUCGCCCACGGCCGCGCCUCGGCGCUGCAGUCUGUCCCGGUCCCAGACUAUGCACGUCCGGCGGGCCGCUCGCCGACCCACUUGCCCGACCGCCCCGGCAAGCGCAUCAUCAACGUCAUGCCGACGUACAACAUCAUCAACGGCAAGCAGUACGAGCCCACUCCCGCGCAGCGUCGCGCCGCCCAGCGCCCAUCGUCGCGCGCAGGCGCGCCCGCCCUCGCCUCGGCCUACUAUGUCCCGGGUCCCGCAAGCCCUGCUGGCAGAUGGUAAAAGAACUAGUGUAUUGC